AUGUCUGCGUUCAAGCGGCGGACGACGGCCAAACAGCCCCCUCUACCCAAGGGAACGCGCCCUUGCCCAGGCUCUCCUGCAACGACCCUCACCUCGACCGGCAUCCCUUCUCUCGACGAUAUCCUCGGCGGCGGUCUACCUCUCUCUUGUUCCCUCUUGGUUCUUGCCCCCGACGUCCACUCUGCCUACGGGGAACUCGUAAUCAAGUACUUCACCGCGCAGGGUCUGGCAUCCGGUCAGCGCGUAUGCGUAGUGGACCCACGUCCGGACGCAUUCCUCGCGGAAUGUAUGUGGUUGCCCGGCAAGGGCGCCGCCUCCCUCACGUCGCCGGCGUCGCCCCCACCGCCGACCGGCGCAGAAGACGAAGAGGAUGAGCGCGCGUCAGAGCACGACACGAAAAUCAAGAUCGCGUGGAGGUACGAGCAGAUGAAACAGUUCAGCACGACCGUCCCUUCGUCCAGCCAGUCUGCGGAUGACUACUACCACACUUUUGACUUGACAUGCCGUCUGCCGGACGCGGUCAUCGAGGCGGCUCGCAGUGCAGGUCAGAUCGUGGAUGUUUGGUCCGACGAAGUAGCGUCCCCGGAAUUUACCCCCAAGAGCCGCGCCAUACUCGCCGGUCUUUCCGACGUCCUCUCUAAAUUGAAUGCGGGUGAUUGUAUGGCUACGAGGGUAUGCAUACCGUCUCUGGGCACAUUUGAGUGGGGCGACCUUGCACCUCCGGAUAUCUGUUACUUCCUGCACUCCCUGCGCGCACUACUUCGUCGUCACCCCCGGGUUGAAGCAUUCGGUGGGCCUGGCUGGACGCAAAAACUCGGAUGGUUGACAGAUGGCUCAGUGACUCUUGCCGCCUUCACAGCCGACCCAUCACUAUCAGCCAUGUUCUCCGCGCACCACGGUCUCGUCCACAUCCACUCCCUACCGGCACCCCACACUCUUGUCCCCCCAAGCGACAAGUUCUCGACCCUCCGCGGGCUCACGUCUUCAGGAGAGAACAACCUCGCCUUCAAGUGCAUGCGCAAGCGGCUCAUUUUCGAGACCCUGCACCUCGACGUAGAGGGCGGGGUGGGCGAACGACGGACAACGCCGGCCUCGAACGCCAUCGCACUCGAAGCCGGCACCGUACACGAUCACGCGCAUGCCCAUAAAGAUGGUGCGACCCCCGGUUCGUCUACCGCUGCGCUUCAGGUUCAGAUGGAACAGGUGCAGACAGCACCACCGGCUCCUGUGCCCGUGUCCGGUGCUGAGGUGGUCGUGAAUGGUACGAAGAAGGUGAAAGUGAAGAAGAAGGUAGCGUUCACAUCUGAGGGGCCUGAUCCAUACGAUUUCUAG